AUGUGGCGGUGUUUCUCGCAGGUUGGGCCUGAGGCCGAUGGAGAGGAGGUCCCUCCCCCCGCGAACGCCGGCUUCGCGGUCAACGGACAGUUGCCGCCUGGUUGGGCCCCGCCGGCGCCGCCUAUCCCAGUAGGUGGUUUCCCUCCGGUUCUGGCGCCGCCACCGCCACCACCACCACCAGGUGGCCCUCCUCCUCCUCCUCCCCCUCGGGUCUUUACCCAGUGGGAGUUGCACGGGAUUCGGGGCAUGGCGCUCCACCACUUCGUCAACUCCCUCUCCGACGCCGACGAGAUGCGCUGGCGAGCCCUGCAGUACAACUGA